UCUCUCUCUCGCCUCUCCCUCUCGCCUCUCCCUCUCCCGUCUCCCUCUCCCGUCUCCCUCUCUCGUCUCUCUCUCUCCCGUCUCUCUCGUCACGCGCCGCCGCCGCUCCCUGCCGCGCCUCCAUCGCCGCGCAUCGCCGCCGCCGCCCGCACGGACUCUGCCUCUCCCGCACCCCGCGGCGGCAGCGCCCCGCGUAGCCCCAUCGCCCCGCAAUCCAAGACCGCCCUGCUGCAUUUGGGAGCGCCCAGGAAUUCCCGGCAUAAUCGUCGCUCCGCGUCAUUAUCCUCAUCAUUCCGCAUUUCGCCCGCGCACCCCCCGCAGCGCCCUGCAACCGCUACGUCUUCUUGCACCCCCCGGAGCGCCCUGCAAAUCCCGGAGCGCCCUGCGUCGCCAGAUCGCCCUGCGCUACCCCGUCUAUCGCGUCCAUGCAGACGUCACCCCGGCUGGCGGUGCGGGUCUCUCUGGGAGGCGUGCGCCCUGUACUCUCGAGCUGACGGAGUCCACCAGGAGGAACGAGGAGGAGGAGGAGGAACGAGGAGGAGGGGGAGACGGCCGCACCUUUGCAGGGAGCGGGGAGGCGGUGGCAAUGGCGCUUCUGGAUGGCCUAACCGGCUCCCAGCCGCAAACGAACGGCGGGGAGCCGCUCUACACCGAGGUGGUGGAGCUCAACGUGGGCGGACAGAUCUACGUGACGCGGCGCAGCACCCUGACCAGCGUGGCCCACUCCGUGCUGUGGCGGAGCUUCUCAGCCGCGGGGGCCGCCACGGGAGCGGCCCCCGCGGGGCCGACAGCGGCGGCCGCGUCGGGGGCGACCGCGGAUGUGGUGCGCGACGCGCGCGGCCGCUAUUUCAUCGACCGGGACGGGUUCCUCUUCCGAUACGUGCUGGACUUCCUGCGUGACCAGCAGCUGGUGCUGCCCGACCACUUCCCCGAGCGGGCCCGCCUGCGCCGCGAGGCUGAGUUCUUCCAGCUGCCCGAGUUGGUGAAGGCCCUGACCCCUCGCCCGGCCAAGGCCAGCUCCCUGAACAGCGAAGGCAGCGAGGUGUCCGAGGCGCCCGGCCGUGAGAGCGCCAGCCCCGGCUACAUCACCCUGGCCUGCAGGGGCCACUACAGCUUCCCGGGCAGGGAGGGUGGAGGAGGAGGAGGAGGCGGUGGUGGAGGUGGAGGUGUCGAUGGGAGAUUUCGCAGGGCGGCGCGCAUCUCGGCGUGCGGCCGCAGCGCCCUGGUGCGCGCCGUGUUCGGGGACGCCCUCCUGGAGCGCAGCCGCGAGGUGGAGCGAGCCCCCCCCGGGAGGUACUCGUCGCGGCUCACGCUGGCGCACGCGUCGCCGGAGCAGGCCUUCGACGCCCUGGCAGAGGCCGGCUUCUCGCUCGUGGCGUCGCACGGCAGCGGUGUGAGCGGCCAGCCGAGCGGCCACAACGAGGACAAGGUGUGGAGCAGCUACACCGAGUUCGUGUUCUUCCGUGGUUCGUCCUCGGCACCGGCCGCGAGGCCGCGGGAUGCUCCGCUCGCCCCGCGGCGCCGCGUGGAGGUGGAGCGCGACGCGGACGGCGCUGAGGAGAAGGACUCGGACAGCGGCUCCACCGAGGAGGGCUCCACCUCCAGCUGCGACAGCCAGUCUGAGGGCCACGCGUCCCCGCUGCCCGCGCCGCCCCACACGGCCAACCCGAGCCGCCCGGAGACCCUCACCCUGCAGCGGCCCGCGCGACGGGAGGGCGGCCGGGAGGGCAAGGGCCUGGGCGGAGGGGCCGGAGGACCCGGCUGCGGCGGUGCCGGCGGAGGAGGAGGAGGAGGAGGGGGAGGCAAGAAACGUCGGAACAGCGACCGCCCCGAGACCCUGACGGACGCGCUGGGCGUCGACGGCUCCGCCGGGAUCGGGGCCAACGAGAUGGAUGCGCUGGCCGAGCAGCUGCACAAGUGCGUGGCUGACGUGCGUAGGCUGCGCAUCCCCAAGCGCUUCUCCGUGAAGACGCGCGCCUGGCAGGCUGAUCUUCUGCACAAACACGGGGUGUGACGGCGGUGGCAACCCCCACUAGCCUGCCAAUCCUCAUCCUGGACCCCCCCUUCAACACUCCCUCCUCCUCUCCAGCGUCCCCCCAGACGUCCCCCCCGUCACCACCACCACUACCACCACGGUGAAUAGUCUUGUCUGGUCUCACCCACCCCCUAUAACACCCUCCCGGUAAGAGAUCCGUUCCGAGUCGAGGUCGGAAAAGAGGGAAUGGUGCCACCCCUCACUGUGUUGCACCGUCAUCUCUUUGUCACUCACCUCCUCAUCCUCAUCCACGGCAUCUUAAGCACAAGGGCAACUCUGCCCCUCACCACCACCAACGCCUCUGUCUCACCACGACUGGAACAAUAAUUCAGGUGGACUCAGGCAGGCUCCACGCGUGCAGUUCAUGGGAUGUGUGCACCUUGUGCAGCCACCCAGACCCUCAGCGCACGGGGACACGUGGCUCUAAAACGCGUGGAGCUGGAACAAGAGUGGAGCCGGGCUGCAAACCCCAGGGGGAGAGGAGACCACGGAGGCGCCAUCUGAUUCACCUGCCGGGUGCCCCCGCUUCCCUGCCAUGCGCGAUAUGCCCCCCCCCCACCUCCCGACCCCCGAUGAGCAACACAGCCCACUCCAGCUGGAGGGUUAGCACUGCACAAAGAACCCUGAGGACACGGCUCCUCCGCGUGAAUUAAGCACACGAAUAGCAGCACAAUAGCUCGGGAUGCCACCUUCUCCAUUCAGCAAGCCCAGACCACAUCUGUGAGUCAGCCAAGGCCUUCCAGAACUGCGUAGUAUCCUGAAAUAAAGUUUAACCACCGGAUUUCGGUACACAUCAAUUCCUGCCACUCGAUCACAGGCGCCAGUUCCUGGACAGGUGGCAACUCUAAGCACAACCCAGCCGCUAGGCAGGGCAUGAUGACGACCUCGUAAUGACGCCCUCUUUACUCUCGCCACGUGUACUCUGCGUGACAUCGUGUCUCCCACACUUAGCAUUCCCUCUGCUUACAGUGUGGACAAUCACGAUCCUCUCUACCUGCCCACCCUGCAGGAAACCUCUUGCAAACACCUUGGGAUUCCCCUCUCCCUGAAAGGUGGACAAUCCUGGCCGUCUUUACCUGCAGGGUGAACAUCCCUGGUCCACUACUGAGCCAUCAUAAGACCUGGGUUUGCGCACACGCCCCAGCCAGUGCUGCAGGGUUCGUGAGCGUGUUUCCCCCUCGCAUUUGUGGGGUUUCUCCGGGCACUCUGGCUUCUCACACACAUGAAAUGAUGUCCUCACGGACCAGGGGAUCACACAUCUCGAAGCCAGGAAAGCCCGGCAAGUAGUGGGAGUGGGGGGGGCUUCAAUGGGACUCAGUGAGACCGUCCCAGAUUCAGGGCAUUCCUGCUGCUGCUGCUGCUGCUGUUGUUACCAGACUGGGGUGGCACAGUGGGCAGUAUCUGCCAGCCCAUAACAGCUUGGUCUGUUUCCGUAACCUGCAAGCAGCGAGCCUUCCACACUUCACGUGAUGGCGUCAAAGUUCACCUCGCCCCUCACAAGCACUGUGGUGACGUCACAAGCACUGUGGUGACGUCGCCACCACUUAAUGGCGAGUGUCGGCUGUUAAGACUGGGUUCGCACAGCGUGGCUUAACUCAUGACGCGGAGUAACGUGAGCAUAUUGAGCUUCAAGUACAGUAUUGGACUUAUAUGGAAGCCCAUAGAUUUACAUGGAGAUCCACGGACUCGCAUAGAGACCCACAGACUCAACAUAGAGAACUAUAUAGACUUAUAUGGAGACCAAUAUAUGACUUUAGGCCCAGUGACGUGGCUGUGGAGGGUGCAGUCGUGCAAAUGCAUCAGGGCCCACAAGCCGGGGGUGGGGGAGUAUUGAACAGCCCAAUCCCGACCAUUUCACCCGCCCCCCCCCCAACAUUCUGCAUACCCGUCACACUGAGUUUGAGAACGCAUCCAGCAGAGUUCACUCGGCAGUUGUGGUCGUACUUGUUUACCCAGGAGAGCCUCGCUAAGUCUCAUGACUCUUUUUCAAGGGUGUCUUGCCAUGUUUUCGCAGUAGGGGGAGAUGGUCGCUGCUGUGUGUGAUCCCGACUGAGUAGGGGAUCCCGUGUGAACCCAGCACUGGACUCGCCACUGCGAGGGCUUAAGUGACGCACAGUGUCCCGCACAUACUCGCACCACACACGUCACAAACAGCCCACUUCACACAACGUGCCUCACUCACACCUCAAUCACAACUCGCUCAAACCACCACACAUCUCGCAUCUCACUCAUCACCACACAGAUAAAACCACUAAACAUCUCACCCAGACCACCACACACCUCACUCACAAUUCACACCCGACGUUCUGGCCUCACUGCUCCCAGUCACCUCCCCAAACUCUGCGUGUGACAAGAGAAAGGGGAACGUGGGUGAAUAGAGCCAGACUCCUCACGUAUUCCUCACCACCCUCUUUACAGCACACCACUCCUUACCACUUCUCCUCACUCACUCCAACAAGAACAGCUGCCAUUCGACACUGAGUGGUGGUGAUGUCAUUAUAUCGCUUGUGCCAAGCUAGGUGCACUUUGAGGCCACGUGAAGUGUUGAAGACUCGCUGACAGGAAGUCACGGGACAAUUCCAGGUGCCAUGGAUUGACUGACUUAGGCGACUAACAGAUGCACCAUCUGUGCUCCCUACUGAACCACCUCGCUGCGUUUUAGCCACCUGGCAUUCCACUGUUUAAGAACGUCGCUCCUCUGCCCACCGCUGUUGUUGGAAGGCAACUGCCUCCAACUACCCAGUCGUGUCGUUCACGAGCCUCCUCCAUUGAGGCUUUGGCACAUCCGAUCAGCUCCAAAUCCUCCUAUCCCGCAUCAGGCUACUUCUUCUCUAUCCCAUCCCGUGCCCGUUUAGCCCCCUCUAUCCGGCCAAACAGAAACUGCUUGGGCAUGCAGUAGCUGGGCAUGUGGGCUAUAUGACCCAACCAAGGCAGCCUCACAUGCCAUAAAAGCUCAACGAUUGAACUUUGUCUAGAUCUCUCAAGAAUCCGUGAGGUCCUCACACAAUCCUGUCUGGUUAAACCCAGCAUGGAUCAUAGGCACGCCAGCCUGAAUGCUUCAUGCUGGUGUAGAUGUUUCUUCAGAGGGGGUCAAGGUUUUGUAAGCAUAGAAAAGAAUACCUUAAGCUUCGUAUGGAGCGACAGGUCUGGAAGCUUCCACACAACGUUACAGAGCCGAUGAAAAUAGCAUUAUGUUCGACAGAUUUGGAGUGAGACCUUUGCUACCAAUACAAAACUCGUCAUAAGCACACUGCCCAGGCAUGGGGACUCAUUCACUCUCUCUACAACUGCGCCAUCGUUCAUGGGGAGUUGAAAGGGUGGAGUGUUUGAUGACACAAAAUACCGAGGCAGGUGCUUUGUUAUUAUGAGCCUGAUGGUAAGGCCCCACCUCUUUUUGUCACGUUACAGGUUCAGCAGUAGUUCUGCAACGACAUUGGGGCUUCGCAAGGCUUUGCUCAGAGUGCCUGGCAAGGCAAUAUUGAAUAAUCCUUGACAAGACCUUUCUACACACACUGAGGGAGAUGUCCCAGUAGUUGUUACAAUCAAUGCGGGGACGAGCAGGUCAUCCUUCAAUCUCGCAGAACCCGUCAUAUGGUCCAGACAGUUAUAACAAUAUCGUAUAGGGCAGCCUGCACACAAUUUCCACCCUCCCUCAACAGUUCGCUUGGGAGAUCAUUUUUGGGUCUUUUCCUGGUCUCAGACUCUGCAUCACUCUUUGUACUUCCUCAACAGAUGGCACGUCAGGCAGCCACUCACAGGGAGUGGCUACUUCCACUUUAUGAGGUAAGGCAGCCCCAGCAGGGUCAUCCUCACCUUGCCCGAUCAUAAUGUCGGGUUGAAUGAUUUUUCCUCCCCAAAAACCUCAGAAAUGCUCAGCAAAUCUGCAAACUGGGGGUCGGAGAUCGUAUCACCAUUCUAUCCCUUAAGGAUGAUAAUAAUAGGUGUGGUGCUGCAAGUUACUUUAUUGAUGGAUUUAAAAAAGUGAAUUCUGAUCACGAGCUACUGAGGCAUUUUCAAUUUCCUCAGCAACCUGCAACCAUCACUUGUAGUGAUGCACAGCUCCAAGUGAAGGUUGUGCUAAGCCACAUCAUUUUCUGACAUGGGUUACAGAUGGGGGGAGUGGGCCUAUCACUAUCAACUAGCCAGAACACCUCCUCUGUCAGCCAGGUACCCAGUGCAGCCAUAUCAGCUGCAUGAGCCACAGUCCUGAACAUCACCCAUUUCACCUUGGCAACAGGAUGGGGGUCAACCUGAGCUGCAAGUAAUUAUACAAUUCUUAUAGCUUUCAUCAGCAGUGAGUCAAGACCAGGCGAUUGUGGGUUUAAAUGGGGCACUAGGUGGACGCCCACCACCACAGUAGAUGAAUGACAGGCGCAUCUUACACAUGCCAAGCCGAUAGUCAAUGGGCAGAUCAGCUCAACGGUAGGUCCAGGUGUCGUCAAGGACAUGGGCCCACAUCCGCUGUUCCAUCACUACAUAGUCCAGCAGAUGUUCUUCUUUGGAUCUGGAGUGAGUCUAUAAUGUGUGGAAAUACCGAUUCUGGAACAGUAUGUUGGUGAUUACAAGUCCAUGGGCUGCACAAAAGUCGAACAGCAUCUUACUGUUGUUAUUGAACUGAUCUGGUCAAUGCCUUCCAAUCACUCCAGCUCAGGUGCCUGCCUCAUAACACAUUUGGGCAUUAAAGUCACCAAACAGAAUGCCUCUAUGCCGAGGGGCCACGAAAGCCAGCACCUGGGACAGGAGGUCAGAAGGCAAAUGACUCAGUAGCGUUGCUUGUAUGCCUGUACUCAUCUCCAGUGGGAGUGGAAGCCACCUACCAGCAUUCCUCACUUCCCGUCUAAGGGGAGGCUAGCUCACAGUAGCCUGGGACUCCGCUUUCUACACCUCACUGCUACACUUCCACACCCACUUCAUUAUUUUGUUCAAAAGAAAAGCUACCCCCCCCCCUGUUUGCCAGUUUCCUGCUCCGAGUGGAGGACUGUCUAUCCCACAUCGUGACUGGAGCCAGAUCCAACCCACUGGACUAUCUGUUUCAGUGAUCCAGGCGGUUCCAAUCCAGCUCCUGAUAGAGUGGCAGCCUCUCCGUGGGGAGCGUUCGAACAUUCCAAGUGGCCACCCGCAGUGGCUAACGGUCACCACUCCUCAACAAUCCUCACUCAACACUCUUUCACCACUUCUCACCCACUCCGGCGUCCUAAUGCACGCGAGUGUGUACGUGUGUGUACACACCUGUGAGUACGUGUGCACAUGUGCACGUGUUUGGGGAGCGGUGGCACAGUGCUAUGAACACGGCAUCCAAAGUUCGAUUUUCACACACGCCCAAAAUUAGUGGCAGCGAAUAUGUGAACCAGUCUUAACCUCCCCUAGGUCAACUCAGCCUUAAAUGAGUACCCGGAGUGACGUGUAUACAUUACCAAUGGGGCGACAAAGGCGGCCAUGCGUGGCCCUGGUCACCCACUGCCUCGCGUGCCGUGCCGGCUAUUUUUAGGUGCUCGCUAACAGCACUUGCCCCAGCCGCCUGUUAUAGAUUAUAGGGGGACCUUUGUCUUUUUUGUGGGCGUGUACACGUGUGUGUGUGUGUGUGUACACGUGUGUGUGUUGAUCACCGUCCACGGAUCCCUUGUGAAUGAGUGAAGCACUUUAACGCGCAUUCCACGCGGCCUGGACCUGGCCCCCGACUCUUGAGUUUGGGACAAAUAAAGUGGCUCGUGUCUGUGAGGCGCGGUCUGGGCUCGCGGUCAUGGUGAGGGUGUGAGUUCGAUUUUUGUAAAAACAGCUGCUGGGCACAACGGCCAAAAACGUCAAGAGGCCAGCAACAAGCAGCACUAUCAAAACUGUGAUUGGCAAGAGUGUAACGCGUUUACCUUGAAUUGAGCAGGGUUAUCUGUGAGAGCUUGGGGGAAGAGACGAUGGGAGAGUGAAUUCCGGAGUGGAGCGGUAGUAGGAAGGAACAAGCACAAAGAGUCGUGAGGUGCCCCUGCAGUGUGGCGGGGGGCGAGUGUUGUGACCUGGAGUGUGGUGUUGGUUGAACGCAGCGCGAUGGAUGAGAGGACACGGCGUCUGGUUGACCGAGUCCCCAACAUGGCUGGAGGAAUCAACGCGUGUAGUUCACCGCGACAGUAAUCGUGGUAGUAGCAGUCGAGACAGAUUGACAAGGAGGCGACCGACUGCCAGUGAGCAGGCGAGUGGCCGGAGUGAUGGAUCAUCAACUUCAUCAUUGGUGCCAGUUGUGAUCGUCGUGUGCCUGCUGGCGUCUGGGUGCGAGUGUGCAGAUCGUGAUGGUGUUCUCUCGACGGAUAUACGAGCCCCGCUUUGUAUCCACCGCUCAUCAUGUGUACCACGUGGUGUAAUAUCCGAGUUUUUACUAAAGGCCACACACCCCAGACCGUGUUGGUUCGUGU